AUGUCAACAGACGAUCUAAAGGCGCAUGCCGCCUCAGAUCAAGAUUUCUACGCCCUCCUCGACGUAUCCCCAGCAGCCAACGAAUCUGAAAUUCGUCGCGCAUACCGUCGCACAGCCCUAAAAUACCACCCAGAUAAGAUUGCCAACCCAACCCAAGCCGACAUCGACAAAUUCCACACUCUCCAAAUCGCAAACGAUGUACUCUCCGAUCCAGAUGUCAAACAACUCUACGACAAUGCGCGCGAAGCACGAAUGCGCAAGCAGCGCGAAAGAGACCAACUUGAUGCCGCUAGGCGAGAGAUGGUUGAUGAUCUUGAAAAGCGCGAACGAGCCGGCGCGGAUCAACAGCGUGGCGUGAAGCGGUCGUGGAUGGCUGAUGACGAUGCGGAGGCGAAAAUGGCUGCGGAGAUUGAGCGGAUCGCACAAGAUGGUAGGCGGAGGCGACGAGAGGCGGCAGAGAAGUUGCAGAAGGAGCUGGAUGAGGAGCAGAAGGUUAUUGACCGGGAAGAGGAGGAGAAGCGCAAGGCUGCAGAUCGGAGUAGUCAGAAGGUUGAUCGGUCGCAAGACACGAAUGUGGGGGAGUUGGAUCGGUCUGUGAAGGUGCGGUGGGAGCGGGAGGGAUCCGGGCUGGAGGUUGGUGUGGAUUCGCUGAAGACGCUUUUUGCAGAGUUUGGGAAGGUCGAAGCGGCUUUUAUGCUGAAGGAUAAGAGGAAGAAGAUUGAGGGGAAGAAGGGCAAGGCCACAAUUGCCACGGGAGUGAUUGUUUUUGAGUCUAUUGUCGGUGCGCAUGCGGCUGUUUUGGAUGGCAAGAAGAAGAUAAGCCACGCAGAUCGAGAUUGGACUUUCGUUGAUUCUGUGUUCUGGGCUUCUGGUGACGGACCAGAUCUUGGAGCUACUGCUAGCUCGGCACCGACUAAGGAUUCUGUACCAGCUCCAUCGAAAUGUUCUACAGACCCGGGCAAUCCAGCUGCAGCUCCGAACUUCAACUUCCCGGGAUUGAACUCGGCGCCGAAGACUGGCAAGGCUCCUUCAUUUGGAUCCUUCGCCUCUGCUGCUGGUGGGAUGCCAAAGGCUUCUUCGUUCAAUUCAUCGGCAAGGCCUGCCGGCAUGCCUUCUUUUCAAGAUGAAGUUCUGAUGAAAAUGAAGGCUGCGCAGCGGGAGAAAGAACGAAAGGCGCUGGAAGAUCAACUUGCGCAGGAAGACGAAGCCGCAGAUGCUGCGGAGGCGUCUAAGCAGGCUAGCUGA